UUAGAAUUAGGUGUCUUGAUCUUGAUCUUGAUACGGGAUUAGCGAUUAUGUUUUUGUAUUUUAAAAUAAUAUAGUUCCAAGUGUGCGUAAAAAUGUUGUUAUUAAAACGUGGAUGUGAGGUAAACUUCACACAAAGUUUGCCGAAAAUGCUGAGGCUUCUUGCAGCGUAUUCGAGCGCCUCUGAAUCGAACGAACAGGAACAAUUUCGAGUACUGCAACUUUACCCGCAAAAAAAGGCCUUUAAACAGGAGAAGCAAAAAAUACAACAUAUAAAUGUUCCACCACCCAGGUCAACGGAGAUGCCUGUCGACCAGGACUGGCCGUCGGUUUGGCCGGGUGCGCGAACCUUUCACCCUGCUUCGGUACCUCUUCCGUUGCGUCAAGGGUACAACGAAAAGGGUGAGCCGCCUGGUAAAUACGCCAAUGCUGAGCUAAUGAAAAUACCAAAUUUCUUGCAUCUCACACCACCGGCGAUACGGAGACAUUGCGAAGCAUUGAAACAGUUCUGUACAAAAUGGCCCACUGGUUUGGAAACAGAGGAGAAAUGCAUGAAACAUUUCCCUGUUGAGAUCAUUACAUCAGAUUAUUGUUACUCUUCACCUACCAUAAGAGAUCCAUUAGCUAGGAUCGUGAGUCUACGAGUAAGAAUGUCCUCACUUCAUUUAGAUGCUCAUGCCAAAGAUAAACUGCUGCGGUUGCUGGGAAAUAAGUACAACCCAGACACAGAUCUAAUAACAAUUACAGCUGAUAGAUGCCCAACAAAAAAGCAAAACUUGGAAUAUGUAUGGUAUCUACUCACAGCAGUGUAUCAUGAAUCUUGGAGGGUAGAACUGUGGGAAGCUGAGAAGUCAGUGGCAGACAUGGAAUAUUACGAUUGGGACACUAGCCCAAGUCGUACAAACCUAGUAACGCUGUACAAGUGGCCGGAACCACCAACCGAUUAUGACUACGAGACUAUCCCGCACGCAACGGAAUACAAAAUUGCCGUUUCAGAUCUUAUAAACAACGGCGAAGAUGAAUACUCGGUCAAUAAAUAUAAAGAAGCUGUUAAAAAUUUGUUAAAUCUUAAAUGUGAUAAUAAAGGUUGA